AUGUUGAAAGCAGAGGAUCUGGAGCAGCAUUCAGAUCCCGUGCCAGCAGUGGAAGGUACAGUUGUGGAAAGUACAGUGAUGGGUACUGCCGACCAGGAUCGUAUGGGGCCACAGUCACCUCCGUCUUUCAGCACACCAGCUCAGUCCAGCCCGAAGCAACAGCAACAGCAGCAACAAAAACGACGUCUAAAAUUCGACAUGUCCAGUAAGAUACAGAUCAUUCCGGACAAUCGUCAAGGACAACUCAAUACUGCAUUCCUCGCUACUGUUCCAGGCGUCUUAAAAAUCGCCGAAAUUGCCCUGUCAUUUGUAUCGUUUAUUUUGGCGAUCUGUGCCGAUCGUAAUGCAACAACAGCCGCAUGGACUGAGAACAUUUCAUUUGCUGCUGCGGUGAUCAUUUCAGGGCUACUCAUCGGCUACGUAUGCUUCCCACACUUGACCAUCAAGGAUGAGCAAACUCGUGAGGGACUUAUUGUUACGGAACUUAUAUUCUACGGCACAGCAACACUGCUAUUUUUCAUAGCAAUCUGGCUUAUGGUGCACUUAUCGGCAAGCUGGUUAACAUACGGACGUGGCUCUGCCAUAAUCGAUGCGAUACUGUGUGUGGCGCUGACAAUAUUAUUUGGCAUUGAAACAUUUGCAAAGCUAAAAGCCUGGCGAGGUGAAAACGAGCCAUCAUCCCGGAUCAUUCAGACAGCCAGGCCAAUGAUGGAACCAGGCCGACAAUACGAGACAAAUGCUGAACUGCGAAGAACUCAGGGACCUGAGAUGGCCUAA